AUGAAGUGGAUGUUCAAGGAGGACCACUCGCUGGAGCACAGAUGCGUGGAAUCCGCGAAGAUCCGAGCGAAAUAUCCCGACCGGGUUCCGGUGAUUGUGGAAAAAGUCUCAGGCUCUCAGAUUGUUGACAUUGACAAACGGAAGUAUCUGGUUCCAUCUGACAUCACUGUGGCUCAGUUCAUGUGGAUCAUCAGGAAAAGGAUCCAGCUUCCUUCUGAAAAGGCCAUCUUCCUGUUUGUGGAUAAGACAGUCCCACAGUCCAGCCUAACUAUGGGACAACUUUACGAUAAGGAAAAAGAUGAAGAUGGAUUCUUGUAUGUGGCCUACAGUGGAGAGAACACGUUUGGCUUCUGA